AAAAAGAAAUUAAAAUUCAUUAUCUUAAUUCUUCUUCUUCUUCUUCACCUCUUCACUCUCAGUCCCUAUGAACAAACUUGCCAUUUCUGCAAAACCUCAAAGCUUUGUUCUUUGUUUGAUUUCCUAAAAACCCAAAACCCCAUUUUUGAUCUGUGAAAUUCUUGUUGUUUUCAGUUAUAGAGAAAAAAAAAAUGGGUUCUCUAGUCCCAUUUCAAGACCUUAAUCUUCAACCUGAAUCGACUAAUUUUACAUCUUCUACAACCCCAAAUCCAAGAAUUAUCCCAAAGAUUGAACCAAAGCUUGAACCCCUUGAUGAGUAUACACAAGCUGAUCUUCAAACCCCAGCUUUUUUUUCCAACCCUAGUCCCAAUUUCAACACAAGUUCUGGUUCAGCUUUUAGCAGGAACCCACAAUUAGCUACUCAUGAGGCUGAUUCACAAUCACCAAGCUCGAUUAUACCGGAGGUUCCACCUGGGUGCGAUAGAAACAAUGUUUAUGUUUAUUCGGAGUAUAAUCGAAUUUCUGAGAUGUUUAAAGAAGCUUUUACUGAGAAAAUGCAGCGGUAUGGAGAUGUUGAGGUGGUUGGAAACCAGAAUCAGGAUUCUGUUGAUGUGGUUAUGGAAGACGCUGAUGCUCGAGCUAUAGUUCCGGUGAGUAAUAAUGAUACACAGGUUGCAGAAGUGGUGGUUGCUAGAAGGAAAUAUCAACAGAGAUCAUCGGAAUUGGUUAGAGUGACAGAUCUUAAGGUUGAAGAUCAGCUUUAUUUUCGAGAGGCUGUUAGGAAAACCCGAAUGCUGUAUGAUUCCUUGCGAAUUCUUGCUAUGGUGGAAGAUGACGGAAGUCAGCAUUUGGGUCCGUAUAGAAAGCCAAGAGGUGAUUUGAAGGCUUGUCAAAUAUUGAGAGAACAUGGGUUGUGGAUGAAUCGUGAUAAACGGAUUGUCGGGCCGAUUCCUGGAGUGCUUAUCGGGGAUGUGUUCUUCUUUAGGAUGGAGCUUUUGGUUGUUGGAUUGCAUGGGCAGGCUCAAGCUGGAAUUGAUUAUGUACCUGCAAGUCAGAGUUCGAACCGGGAGCCAAUUGCUACAAGUGUGAUUGUUUCAGGUGGCUAUGAGGAUGAUCAAGAUGGAGGAGAUGUGAUUAUAUAUACAGGUCAUGGUGGACAGGACAAGCAUUCGCGGCAAUGCGUGCAUCAGAAGCUUGAAUGUGGGAAUUUGGCAUUGGAGAGAAGUAUGCACUACGGAAUUGAGGUAAGGGUAAUUCGUGGCUUUAAAUAUGAAGGAAGUGGAAGUGCAAGUGGUAAGGUCUAUGUGUAUGAUGGAUUAUAUAGAAUUGUCGAAUGCUGGUUUGAUGUUGGAAAGUCUGGAUUUGGAGUGUAUAAAUACAAGCUUGUUAGGAUAGAGAAUCAGGAAGAGAUGGGAAGUGCUAUUCUUCGUUUUGCACAGAAUCUUAGGAUCAGACCUUUGGAGGCAAGGCCUACUGGUUAUGUUACUCUCGACAUAUCAAGGAAAAAAGAAAAUGUGCCAGUGUUUCUUUUCAACGAUAUUGAUGAUAAUCAUGAUCCGGCUUAUUUUGAAUAUCUAGUAAAACCUAUUUAUCCUCCACAUGUUUCUCUGAAUGUGCACAGUGGUAAUGGCUGCCAGUGCAUUGAUGGGUGUGCUGAUAAUUGUUUUUGUGCUAUGAGAAAUGGUGGCCAAUUUGCCUAUGAUUAUAAUGGGAUAUUGUUGAGAGGCAAACCGUUAGUAUUCGAAUGUGGACCACAUUGUCGAUGUCCUCCAACUUGUCGGAAUAGAGUGACUCAGAAAGGUUUGAGGAACAGAUUUGAGGUGUUUCGGUCUAGAGAGACUGGUUGGGGAGUUAGGUCACUGGACUUGAUCCAAGCUGGGUCCUUUAUCUGUGAAUAUACUGGGGUUGUACUCACACGAGAGCAAGCCCAAAUUUUUACAAUGAAUGGUGACAGUUUAGUCUAUCCAAGUCGCUUUCCUGAUCGAUGGGCAGAAUGGGGAGAUUUGUCUCAAAUAUAUCCUAACUAUGAGCGCCCAGCAUACCCCUCCAUUCCUCCUCUGGAUUUUGCUAUGGAUGUGUCUCGAAUGAGGAAUGUAGCAUGUUAUAUUAGUCAUAGUUCAAGUCCCAAUGCUUUGGUGCAGCCUGUGCUUUAUGAUCACAACCAUGUAGCGUUCCCCCACAUGAUGCUCUUUGCAAUGGAGAAUAUUCCCCCUCUAAAGGAGAUCAGUAUUGAUUAUGGGGUAGCAGAUGAAUGGACAGGAAAGCUUGCCAUCUGUGAUUGACUAGCUUAUAGUGGUUGAUUCAAUUUUGAAAAUGAUGCGGCACAGCUGUUUCUCGUACAUUAUUUGCUGAGAUGAAGGGCACUGUUACCCUCUUGACAUUCCCGUUAUCUUGGUGACAGUCCAGACCGCAUCACUAGAUUCCUAAAACAAGUUGCUCUGAUAGCUGUUUUCUGCACCAGCUUGUAGAUCCUAUGUUGUAGAUAGCAUGGUGUUCAAGACUAGCUACAAGAGUGAAGAAAGUGAUAUUGCUGCUUCUCACUAUAUAUCCGCGCUUUGGUAGGAACCUUUUUAACCUAUGUGUGCUAACCUGCCAUGAUGUUCUUGAUUGUAAGAACUUUCCUAGGUUGUAGUAAUAGCUUGUAUAUAUGAAGAUCAAACUUGCUUAUUCUGUACAGAAGAUUGUAUUGAUAUCGUGUUACCGGAUAGCUGUAGUUAAGUUAAAAUGCUUUUGCUAGAUAAAGAGGGAAGCACCUAGUAUGUGGUCCAAGUUAGGUAUGCUGGGAAUUUUGGAAGGAUCAAAGAGGCACAGCAAAUAUGUUACUACCAGAUUUUCCCUCUGGAUAUGGCAAUGCAAAUUUUAUUCAAAUUAUUGAAUUCUUUCUUAUGCUUAAACCUAUUUUUUUUCUUCUCAUUGUGCUGUUUACCCUAUUGAAAUACAGAAAAUAAACUCAUUUUGCUUGA